UCUCCAGAGGGUGCUGAAGGCAAGGAUGCAGCAAAAGUAACUAAACAAGAGCCCACAAGACGAUCAGCAAGAUUGUCAGCUAAACCUGCUCCACCAAAACCUGAACCCAAACCAAGGAAAACCACGAAGAAGGAACCUGGAACAAAGACCAACAAAGGUGCUAAAGGGAAGAAGGAUGAAAAGCAAGAAGCGGCAAAGGAAGGUACUACACCAUCUGAAAAUGGUGAAAAUAAAGCUGAAGAGAUUCGCAUCUCUCGCUCAACUGUUAGUGUUUCAACAUCCAGAGGUGCCCCACCCAGCACACUGUCAGUAAAAGGGCAGAUUGAAACAGUGAAAGUUAAGGGUACGGUAGAGCAUUCAGCAUGUGUGCAGUGAAUAGAAACAGAUAGUAGUGUGGUGCUUUUCAGUAUGAACAAUGGAAGCUGACAGGUAAGGCUUGCAUUGCUUUUGAAAAGCUGGGACCAAUGAUUUAAGAAAAGUGUGUGAAUGUACCUGUUCUGUUUGUGUAAAUGCAGUCUGGACAUAGGUUUGAAACUGAGCUGUUGCAAAUAAGAAAUGGAAGGAGCAAGGGUAGUUUGGGUAUUUAGGUACGCAAUGGCAAUUUACUAUAGUAAUUAAUUUCUUUCUUUCUUCUCCACAGGCUCAGAAAACUGAAUCUGUAGGUGACAAGAAUGAAUGAAAUAUCAUGAAAAUUUUGGGUUGAUUUUAUGUACCUCUUGGACAACUUUUAAAAGAUAUUUUUAUCAAGUAUUUUGUAAAUGCUAAUUUUUUUAGGACUAUGAUAGUUGACAUAUUAAACUGUAUAUGAACAUUUCCCUUCUCAUAACAGUGCUUUUAGAAAUUCCCAUUGUUGCCAAGUAAUAUAAAUAUCAACUUAAUAUUGCAAGGUAUGUGUAAAAUUGGAUCAGCAAUCCAUACACUUGCUCUAAGAAAUUAAAGUCAUGUGCAUAUGGUGAUGUUUUUACUGUGCGUAUUUGAAUUUUUCAUGCAGUUUUUCUAGAGCAAUAAUCAGUGGUGCUUUUGUACUUAGGGUUUAUGUGAUUUUAAUGAAACGUGGAUAGAUGUGGCCACCUGCUGACUAUUUUGGGUUCUUUUAAUGGAUUAAAAUAAAAGGUCUCCUUGCCUGCAAAACUACAGCCUCCUAAUGUUUUCUCUAAAUCUGAGGAAUGCCUUACUCAUAUUUUCAACUGUUACAAGGAAGACAAAAUUAUUUAGCAACAAUUGUUUUGCAUGCAGUCUGUUUACUUUUUUGCUGAUGUCUGAUUAAAAAAUACCCACGCAGGAGUAGCAGGCUGGGAUUUUCAGUGGCCCACAACUUAAGGGACUUAUAGAUACAUUCUUCAUAGACACAUUCUUCAGAUACACUGUCACAGGGUGAGUAGAGUUGCCAUACUCUAUCAGGAUACUGUGUCUGUAAUGAGCUAUCAGCACAGAAUGAAUUGCUUGACUGAUAGAGAGGUACAGUAACUUAAAAGUCACUUUGUUUCUCCCCCACUGUCUUUUCAGUGACUUGCAUUGUACUCUGGAAAUCUUUCUUUCUGUCUGCAGCCUCAGAUUUAAUAUAAAUAGUAAUUGCUGUUCUGCUUCAGCUGAGGACAGUUGUUAAUACAUUGAAAUCGCUGUUAAACAGCGCUCUAUAUUUGGUACCUGGUAGAAAUGGAACAAUGAAAGUUAUUUUUGAGGUGAUUGUGGUGAUACGGUGGAUUAGCUAAUGACGAUUUUUUUUUUUUUUAAGUGUCCAUAUUUCAACUCUACAGCUCAUUCUAAGCGCCUUUUAUAAUUUUUCUCCUUCUCUUUUCUCUAGGGGCCCUGGUAUUUCUAUUGUUACUUCUGGGAUGGGAGGGGUGAGAGAAAAGAUGUUCCCUGUUCUUCAGUAGCAUUGAUUUGUAUUGCUCAAGUGGUGGCCAUUAUGUCUGAGGAUACCUUUUGCUUGUUUAAGUCAAUAAAUAAAUGACUGUUGCCUGA